AUGUCGAAUCCUCUCCAAGAUGUGAAGCAGCUUUUGGCGUCAGCAGAGGGCCCUUCCCGGAAAGCCUUACUGGGCCAGUUACACGAGAUUAUUAUCUCUAUCGAGACGCCUGAGGAAACUGCUACACGCAUUUCGCUUUAUCCCUUGCAAACUUCAGCUGCAAGGAUUGGUCAGGACCUGAAGAUAUUCCAGACCUUGGCGAACUCGGGACCCAAGAGCCUCCAAGAGCUACAGGACAUCACGAAUGCUCAUCCUAUCACCCUCGGACGCCUGCUGAGAUACAUGGCUUCGGUGGGACUCAUCCGUGAGGCCGCCAUCAACCGGUUUGAGGCCAACAAAAAAUGCCAAAAUCUUGCGAUGCCAGAGGCAAUCACCAUCUUGACGCACUUCUUUGAAAAUUGCUGUCCUCUGUUCCAGGAAAUGCCCGCCUUCCUGCGCAACAACAACUACCAGGACGUCACCGACGGAAAGGCCACCGUCUUUCAGCCCGCGUACAAGACCGACUUAGACACGUACACGUGGUUCUCCCACAAUCCCGAGCACAGGAGUGCUCUCAUCAAGUACAUGGCCAUGGAGCAGACGGUCAGGGGUCGAUGGCUGGAUGAGUAUCCCAUCGAGCGCGACACGCAGGGCUGGGAUCCCAAGCUGCCCGUCUUCGUCGACAUCGGCGGCAAUAUCGGACACUACUGUGCCCAGUUCAAGGAGCGUUUUCCUGAAGUGCCUGGCCGUGUCGUGUUGCAGGAUUUGCCCGAUACCCUUGCCCAUGCCAUGCCGACCCCGGGUGUCGAGGCUGUUGCACACGAUUUCUUUACGCCCCAGCCUCUGAAAAAUGCCAAGUUCUAUCAUCUCGGUUGGGUCCUUCACAACUGGAACGACGAGAAGUCAAAGCAAAUACUACGCCAGAUCAGAUCGGCCAUGACGGCGCAUUCUGUAAUUCUGAUCAACGACAUGAUAUUGCCGGAGGCAGGAGUACCCGCGUUUCCGGCCUCACUAGACAUGGUCAUGCUGGGCGCUUGUGGUAGUCGGGAGCGGACCAUGAAGGAGUGGAACGAGAUCUUCGGCGAUGUCGGCUUGGUGGUCAAGGAACGCAUCAUGUAUAAUCGCGAGCUUUGCCAUGGUAUCCUUGGUAUAGCACUGGCUUGA